AAUACAUUCUUCUUCUCUUGUCUUAUAUCUUCUUUUUCUUUAAAUCGCCUGAGAGGAACCUUACUACAUCCCAUCAUUUGGAGCAUUUCCCCCCCACCCCAAUCCCCAACAAUAGCAUGACGACUGCUGUUCAUGAUUUUACUUGAGGCUACAGGAGAGAAACCGACAUGGAGACAUUUACAAUACACGACAUGCUCAUAAAUUCCACUGAUCUGAACAAGAUUUUAUGCAAUUUUGGGAUCAAGAAUAUAUCGGAGUGCGAGAGCGAGCAAGACCCCUCACCCGAGCCUCAAGAUAUCAACCAGACAGUGAGGAUCGUCCUCUACAGCCUCAUCUUCCUCCUCAGCGUCCUGGGCAACAGCCUCAUCAUCGCCGUGCUGGUGAGGAACCGGCGCAUGAGGACGGUCACUAACCUCUUCCUGCUGUCUCUGGCCAUCAGCGACCUGAUGGUCUCCCUGGUCUGCAUCCCGUUCACCCUCAUACCCAACCUCAUGAGGGAUUUUAUCUUCGGCAACGGCAUAUGCAAGCUGGUCAUGUACUUUAUGGGUGUCUCAGUAAGUGUCUCUACCUUCAACCUGGUGGCCAUCUCCCUGGAGCGCUACAGUGCCAUUUGCAACCCACUGACCUCCAGGACGUGGCAGACCAAAUCUCAUGCCGCUAAGGUCAUCACUGCCACCUGGGUGGCGUCCUUCAUACUGAUGCUGCCCUACCCCAUUUCUAGUACCAUCAAACCCUUCACCCGCCUCAACAACAGCACCGGGCACAUGUGCCGUCUGGUGUGGCCCAACGAUGUCAUCCAGCAGUCGUGGUAUGUAUCUCUGUUGUUGCUGCUCUUCCUAAUCCCCGGGAUUGUCAUGAUGACAGCCUAUGGACUCAUCUCCCUGGAGCUCUACAGGGGAAUCAAGUUUGAGCUGUCCAAAAGGAAAUCUAGCAGAGACAGACAACACAGCACUGGCAGUAUUAAACCGGGUGACAGCGAUGGCUGUUAUCUCCAGCCGUCUAAAAAGAAGAGCAUCACAGGCAGCUUUGCCAACUCAAGCACCAAGACCACGGUCAGCCGGGUUUGCGGCAGCAGCUCUACAGCCAACCUGAUGGCCAAGAAGCGUGUGAUCCGCAUGCUCCUGGUCAUCGUCUUCCUCUUUUUCCUGUGCUGGACGCCCGUAUUUGUGGUCAACGCAUGGCAGGCUUUCGACCGGCGCUCAGCCUACCGCCUGACCGGUGCACCCAUCUCCUUCAUCCACCUGUUGUCUUACACCUCGGCCUGCGUCAACCCCAUCAUUUACUGCUUUAUGAACAAGCGCUUCCGCCAGGGCAUGCUGGCCACCUUCACCUGCUGCAGCUGCUUCAGGAAGAGCAGCAGCUUAGGGAGGUCAGCCGGAAGCAGAACGGCUAAAUGGGAGGUAGGCAGAGCUAGAGCUGAGCCAAAAACCACUGAGCAGAAUGGUCAUACCCCGCCAAGUGGAGCCAGCACACGCUUCACCUACACCGGCAUCCGUGCAUCCGCCUGGAGUGAGCUGACAUAAACUGGUCUUAGUGAGAACUCUUGAAGGGAAUCUGUGGUGUGUCGUUUUAAUGCAAAGCCCUCACAGUGCUUGUAGGACUACUUUAUGACCUCCUAUGUUGCUUUAGUUUGGAGUGUGACAUGACGUGGGUAAAAAAGGGAAUGAUUGCGGUGAUGAAGUGGUGUACAUUCAGUGCUCUCAGCACAUCAACACAGCCAGAUGUUUCUCUCUGAGUGGACUGAUGCCUGAUCAACACACAAAGCCUUGAGGGGCCACAAGACAAGACAAAGUGAGGUAGUGUUUUGAUGAGGCAUUCUUGUAGUUUAAUAUUCUCCAUAUACUCUCUUUAAACAUAUUAAAGUCAUUUAACUACCACGGCAUGUUGUUCAGGGACCAAAUAGUCUUAAAAUAUCUGCAUCAACAAGAAUUAUCCAAAAUUAAUCCAAGACUACGCACAAAGAGGUCACUUCAACCAAAUGACAAAAAACAUAUUUUCUCACUAACCUCUAAUGAAAUCUGUUCACAGCAAAGUCUAACUGUGACAUGUUUUCCGCUAAACCACGUUGGUGUUGAUUUUUUUCAAUGAAAUGAUGAAGAAUGAAGAAAUUCAUCAGGAUGGCAGCAAUCUUAAAAGGCAAUUUUUUUUGUAUUUGGUUGAACUAACCCUUUAUUGUAUAGACAAUAUCCUGAUGUGUUAAACCCCACCCAUCUGGUACAUCAAGGAAGGUGAAAGAAACGCAAAUGACUCGACCCAGGUGAUAUUCUCAGAGUAUAAGGACAACCAUACCAGUUGACAAAACAACCUCACCUCAGGGUCUAUUCAUCAGCUGGUGGAGUUGGCCAAGUUGCCAUAGCAAUGCCCCAAGGUCGAGAAUUAACUUUACUUUUAAGACAAUAUUGAUGAUUAAGUCCUUAAGGUGCUUAUAAAAAAAAGGGAAAUUUAAGCAUCUACAUUUCCAAGAUAGCUGGGUCAACUCCACCUGCUGAUGAUGACUACAUGACUGAAAGCUCCAGAACAUCCCCGAGGACCCUGAGGCGAGAUUGUUGUGUCAACUGCUGUUUCCAAGGUCGAUAACUUUAAACUCGACCAUACUAGUGUUUUAGCUUCUUAACUACAUAUUAUCUACUGUAUACUUCACAGUAUAUCACAUCUGAAAAUAAUCCAAAACAUUAAUUUCACGUUUUAGUUUUCCUGUAAUUUUCCCACUUUCCAGGCAGCCAUUGGCGCCCAUUUGUUUUUCUACAGUAUAGAAAUUAAUCAUCAGACUUUCUUGUGUGAUAAUACAGUUUACAGCACAAUAUUAACUUUCAACAAGAAUGAAAUGGAUUGACAUUUUUGGGAAAAAACGCUUGCUUUCUUGCCAAGAGUUAGAUGAGAAGAUUAUUGAUAUCACUCUUUUGUUUCUGUGUCAAGUAUGGAGCUGUAGCCAGCAGCUUGUUAGCUUAGGCAGUUAGCUUAAUUUAGCAUAAACACUGUAAGCGGGGGGGAAAACACCUAGUUUAGACCUCUCCAAAGCUCUAAAAUACACAUACCAACAUCUCUAAAGUUUACUAUUUGCCAUGUUCUUGUUUAAUGUUAAUCCACACAAACAGAAAUGUAAGUUGUUUCUGUUUGUAAUAACUAAUGUUCUAUAUGUUAAGCUAAGUAACUGCCUCCCGGCUGUAGCACCAUACUUAAUGUAGAGAGAGAGAGCAAAUAAGUGGAUUUCCCAAAAUGUUGACAAUAUUUCAUUGUCAUUCACUGUAAUACUGUAGAUUACACAACUCAACUGACUUUACAUACAGAAAUAAUUGCUAACCAAUGGCUUCCUGAACAUUGGGGGGGGGGAAAUCAGAAACAUAAUAAUCAGCAGUAAUGUGAACUAUGUAGUAAAGGGGCUUCAUUGUGUAAAGUCACCAGUAUUUAAUGGUCCUCUUACUCUCUUACUUCAACUUUUUAGAUGACAGUGGCUUAGAAACAUACUAACAUUUGUAAACAGGCUUUCAUUCGUCGUCUUCAUCAGCCAGCUGCCUGUCAAACUACGAUGUAAUGUUUGUCGGUAGCUUCAAAAACCAUCCUCCAGGGCACAAAUUGUUCUGCUCUCGUCCUUGACCCACUGUGUGUUUAUGUGUAUGCCUAAGGGGUUGUACUGUGUGUGCACUAUGGUAACUGGAGAGGUCUUAUCAUUUUUUUUGUGGGACUUUGAACACCUGCAUCUUCAAAGCGCAAAUUCCGGGUAUUACCCACCUGAUUUCCACUGAGUGACACUAUUAAAGGACCAGUGUGAAGGAUUUAGUGGCAUCUAGCGGUGAGGUUGCAGAUUGCAGAAAGCUGAACUCUAAGGUAACGAACACAAUGAUUCUUAUUUUCAGGUGAUUAUACACCAAUUAAAACAUACUUAUGAAUAUUAAAUUCAUUUCUGCCGAGUCUGUGUCGCUAGAUGCCACUAAAUUCUACACGCUGCACCUUUAAAUAUAGCAGCGUCAAUGUAGCAACUUCUUCCCAUUUUGUUUCCUUGUAUCGAUGUUGCAAUGUUAAUGACCUCAAUAUUGUUCUGUAAAUUUGUACUUCUAGGUUUGACGAAUUCAUGGGAAAACUUUGAAUUUGGAAGUAUUUUGUGUUACUGCAUGAUAAUGUGCCUAUUUUGAAGAGCAGUCAUUUUUUAAAGCCUGCGGGCAAAAAUGUGGUGAAAAGACCACCCAGAGACGCUACAAAUGAUGCUCAUGUUAUUUUGUCACAUAACUGAAUGUAAAAACAUAAUCCCAGCGAUUCUACUGGUUGGCGAAACAGCUACAUUUAGAAGUAUUUCUGGGAAUGAUAUUUUUGUUCUCUUGCUUAUGUGCAAAUCUACAACCCAUCUCUGAAUAACAAAUGUCUCGUUGACCAUAUUAAGACCUUACCCAGCGUGCAACUGCGCCUAUAAAGACUCUGGCCAGACUAACUUGGAGCUUUUAACGGCUUUAGUAAAAGUGGAUCUAAAGGACAGAGGGCAUUAGGCUCCAGACAAGUAGUGGAAAGAAAAGGGGAAUCAGCUGGGACUUCUUCCUGGGGAUAAGAGCUCCAUUUGGGCUUGGUAGAUGCCCAAAGCCCCACCCGGCGCCUUCUCCCUGCAGCCACUGGGAGAUGCUUAGCUGUCACUGGAGUGGGGAAGAAAGAUGAAAAUGGCUCAAGAAAUGUUUAUGCUUUACAUAAAACAGACAUAAGUGUGGGUUUUACAUGUUCCGGCUUUUCAGAAUUAUUUGAAGUGUGAAAAACGUACUUGCUUACUUGCUUCUGACGGCGAUUAAAAACAUACACAAAGUGUGA